AUGUCCGGUAGAGGCGGUGCCAUCGGACGACCGCGCGGUCGCCCGAACAAGGUCACCAAGCCUCCCAUUGCCGGCGGUCGCGGACGAGGCCAUCGCCAGUCCUCCGUCACGGCCGACCACAUAGACGCCCAGCUUCGUGACGAUGAUGAGGAAGACCGUCACUCCGUCAUUGCCAAAACUGAACACCUCCCAGACCAAGACGAAGACGGCGAGCACGACGACGUCGUAGACGAGGAUCACCACGGUCAUCCGAACCACCACCACCCAGGCGCUCCUUCCCAGCAGCAGCAGCAACACCAACACGAACACCAACCACACUUUGACCUCUCCUCCGCCGCCCACGGCCUUCUCCCCAACGGCCCAAGCCAAGCCGCCCAACAACAAGCAGAAGCCAUACACUCCGCCCUCCAAGGCCUCGUUCCCGGGCCCGGAGCCCAUCAGCAGCAGCAGCAGCAACAGCAGCCGCCGCACUCCCAGCAUCAGCAACAACAACACCACCAGGCCCCGCCGCCGCCUCCGCAAAAUUUCGCCAUGGAAGCCCCCAUGGACGCCGGCCCACCACGGACCGCCAUCGACCUCUCCAAGGAGAGCGGCUAUCCGGCCCUCCUCAUAGACAGCGCCCUGGCCAAGCGUCUCGCCGACAACACGGGCGUUCGCCUCGCCGUCCAGCGCCGCCAGGACCAGGGCCUCAACCUCAAGCGCCGCAGCAACGUCGAGGCCCUGCUCGCCCACGUCUCGGGCCAGGAGGCGCACAGCCAGUGCAAGAGCUGCCACAAGGGCUACGGCCCCUGGAACGGCUGCAUCGUCGUCAGCGGCCAGAUGUGCGGCAGCUGCGCCAACUGCUGGUUCAACGCCAGCGGCUCGCGUUGUUCCUUCCACGAAACAAACCUCCCCCAACAGCACCAGCACAUUCCCGCCAUCCAGCUCCAGCACUCCGUCCCCGUCUUCACAGGCCUCGCCGGCCCUGUGCCUCCAGGCCUGCCCGCGCCGCCGCCGCCGCCGCCCCAGCACCUCCAGCAGCAGCAGCAACAACAACAGCAGCAGCUCGGCCCCAACUUUGCUCCCGGCGGCCUGGACCAGUACGUCCGCAGCAUCCUCGACCGGCACGUCCUCGAGGCCCGCGCCGACGACCCCCACGUGCGCUACCAGUUCCGCAUCGACGCCGCGGCGCGGCAGCUCGCGCUCGCGACGGCCGAGUACAGCGACUUCCUGCAGGCGCAGCAGGCCCACGAGCAGCAGCAGCAGCAACAGCAGCAUGAGCAGGGUCCCGAGGGCGACCACGGGCAGGGCAUGCGGGAGGUGGAGGAGGGGGAGUAA